AUGGAGAGCGAGCGCGACAUGUACCGUCAGUUCCAGGACUGGUGCCUCAGGACUUACGGGGACUCAGGCAAGACCAAGACGGUGACCCGUAAAAAAUACGAGCGGAUCGUCCAGCUCCUCAACGGCUCCGAGUCGAGCUCCACGGACAACGCCAAAUUUAAAUUCUGGGUCAAAUCGAAGGGCUUCCAGCUGGGCCAGCCGGACGAGGUCCGCGGGGGCGGCGGCUGCGCCAAGCAAGUGCUUUACGUGCCGGUCAAGACCACGGAUGGUGUAGGGGUGGAUGAGAAGCUAUCUUUGCGGCGGGUAGCUGUGGUUGAAGAUUUCUUUGACAUUAUCUAUUCGAUGCAUGUGGAAACAGGGCCAAAUGGAGAACAAAUUCGGAAACAUGCUGGACAAAAGAGAACUUACAAAGCAAUUUCAGAGAGCUAUGCCUUCCUACCAAGAGAAGCGGUGACACGGUUUCUAAUGAGCUGCUCAGAGUGCCAGAAAAGAAUGCAUUUAAACCCAGAUGGAACAGAUCACAAAGAUAAUGGAAAACCUCCCACUUUGGUGACCAGCAUGAUUGACUACAACAUGCCGAUUACCAUGGCCUAUAUGAAGCACAUGAAACUGCAGCUGCUAAACUCACAGCAAGAUGAGGAUGAAAGUUCCAUAGAAAGUGAUGAGUUUGAUAUGAGUGAUUCAACACGGAUGUCAGCUGUGAACUCUGACCUUAGCUCCAAUCUGGAGGAAAGAAUGCAAAGUCCUCAAGCUCUUCAUGGCCAGCAAGAUGAUGAUUCUGCUGCAGAGAGUUUUAACGGCAAUGAGACUCUGGGGCACAGUUCAGUUGCUUCAGGGGGAACACACGGCAGGGAGAUAGGCGACUCCAAUGGUGAUGGCAAACCUGGGCUGGAGCAGGAGGAGCAGCCACUGAACUUGAGUGACAGCCCCCUCUCAGCACAGCUGACUUCGGAAUACAGAAUAGAUGACCACAGCAGUAAUGGAAAAAACAAAUAUAAGAACCUUCUAAUCUCUGACCUCAAGAUGGAACGAGAGGCGAGAGAAAAUGGAAGCAAGUCUCCUGCGCAUAGCUACUCAAGCUAUGACUCCGGCAAAAAUGAGAGUGUAGACCGAGGUGCCGAGGACCUGUCUCUAAACAGGGGAGAUGAGGACGAAGAUGACCACGAGGAGCAGGACGAUUCUGAGAAAGUGAACGAGACGGAUGGCGUUGAGGCGGAGCGGCUGAAAGCCUUUAAUAUGUUUGUCAGGCUGUUUGUAGAUGAAAACUUGGACCGAAUGGUCCCAAUCUCUAAGCAGCCCAAAGAAAAGAUCCAGGCUAUCAUUGACUCAUGCAGGCGACAAUUCCCUGAGUAUCAAGAGCGUGCCAGAAAACGUAUACGUACUUACCUCAAGUCCUGCAGGCGGAUGAAAAGAAGUGGUUUUGAGAUGUCUCGACCUAUUCCUUCCCACCUUACUUCAGCAGUUGCAGAGAGUAUCUUGGCCUCCGCGUGUGAGAGUGAGAGCAGAAAUGCCGCCAAGAGGAUGCGUCUGGAUAGACAACAGGACGACUCCGCGGCGGCCGACAAGCAGUGUAAGCCGGAGGCGGCCCAGGCCACGUACUCCUCCUCGGCGGUGUCCGGCUCCCAGGAGGUGCUGUACAUCAACGGAAACGGAACCUACAGUUACCAUAGCUACCGAGGGCUCGGCGGGGGCCUGCUCAAUCUCAAUGACGCGUCCAGUAGUGGACCGACGGAUCUCAGCAUGAAGAGGCAGUUGGCAACUAGCUCAGGAUCCUCCAGCAGUUCAAGCUCCAGACCCCAGCUGAGUCCAACUGAAAUCAAUGCCGUGAGACAGCUCGUUGCAGGAUACCGAGAAUCAGCUGCAUUUUUAUUGCGUUCUGCAGAUGAACUGGAAAAUCUUAUUUUACAACAGAACUGAGUCAAAUGACGAUCCUAUUCACUGAGGUCUAAAUUUGCAGUUUCCACUAAUGACAUUUUGAUUUCCCAGCAGAGACGCUUCUGGUCUUACUGCACAGUCUUAAGAGAAAUACUUCCAUUAUGCCACAUUGUCCUUGAUCCAUAAAGUGAUGUGUUAAGGUGCUUCAAAGGAACUCUGACCUCUGAAGUACUUGAGAUACUGUAAUGUGUCCAGCCUACUGCUUUAUGUUUUAGUUUCUCAGCAUAAAUAUCUGGGGCAAAAAAAAAAAAAAAAAAAAAAAAAAGCUGUAUAUUCUUAAUUCAAGGAUAAAACAAGAAGUUUGUGGUAUAAAAAAUAGUUCAAGAUCCAACUGAAAUAUUAGUGGAAUUUACUACUGACUUACUGGACAGAAAGCUACAGUAUCUGGCAAAAAAAAAAGCCAAAUUUCUUGUUGCUACAGGAUAUAACAACACUACAAAGGAUCUUGUAUUUUAAAAAAAUAUAUAUAUGUAAUUUUUAUAAAAAGACAAAAACUUGUUUUUCAUUCAAAAUUGUCAUUUUUACUUUGGUAACUUUUUCAUAGGUCCUAAAAGAAAACUGUUUUGAGAAACUACUGUAAGUACCUUUUCCACAUCCCUUUGCCUUCUCCUCUUUCCAAAUCCUUUCUACAAAAAAUAACAAUGCUGGAAAACAAACCCUCGCUACGUUCUUGAAAUCGUCACAUCGGGAACCACUUCCACGAGAAGCCUGCGCGUCUACUCUCGCGCUCGUCAUGCCUCUCAACAUCGCAGUUUCGCAAUAGAGGUUUUCAUCACAGAAUGUUUUAAUAUUAAAAAAGACAUAUCAUUGGAAAAAAAAAAAAUCACACCUUGGUUCCUUACAGCUGCUCACCGUGGAUUGACGCUGCUGUGUUCCGGGCGCGCCUCCAGCAGCAGUUGGAUGUAGAUGGCUGAAUGUUAAGAGGUUGCAAGUGACAAUCUGAAAAUUUGCACUUGUGUGUAGUUUUUCUUUCUCUCUUUCAGAAAUAGUUUCCAAAAAGACCAUUACCUCUCCUGAUAGGAUUUGUAUAAUUUGCAGUUCUAGGUAAUGAAUUACAGUGAUGUAAAGAACUCUCAGUGGACGCAGCUGCAGCUUUUCCACGAACUUUCCCUUCCUCUCCCUCUCCCCCGACCGUUUGCCCUUUCUUAUUUUAUAGUGUUGGAUACACAUGAAUGGUGUUUUCUUUGUGCACUGAGGCAAGCCUAUUUUUUAAACAUUUAGGGAGAAGUACAUCAGUUUAUGCUUCUUGUACAAUUAUCUUUCUGUUGUUCCGCUUUGGUUGGAUUACAAAUUCUUUGUGCAUUCCUGAAUUUGCCUUAUUUUAUGUAAAACUUAUGUCAUUCAGUUUUUGAUAAUGAGUUUAAGGCAUCAGUGAUAUUUCUUAUGUACUUGUUACAUAUAGUUUUUCAAGUAAUGACUGUGAUUGUGACCAAGUAAUGUGCACUUUUUCUUGUAACUGUGGACAUUGCUAUGCUUUUUCUUCUAGUGUUUCUAGAAUUACUGUUCCUGACAGUUACGUAAAACAAA